AUGGAGCUCAUUCCAGUUUGCUACGCGAGGUGUCUGUCUCACGGAUUGCCAGAGGUCCACCAGCCACAGACGAAACUCGGAUCACUAACGGGAUCAAAAGACACCGAGAGUUUAUUCCCAGAUUCCGGAAUCGAUAAGUAUGUAGCGGCUUCUAUUUUACCUGCAGGUGCUACUUGGGAGCUUGCUGCCGUUCUUCAGGCCCGUCCGAUUGUUGAAGCUUUUUCUCAUUCAAAAGAUGAAUCGCCCAUGAUGUCGUUCAAAUUACUCAAUAUCGCUGGAAAGACGAGACGAGGACAACUUUUGUUUACUCAUUCAAUCGUCGAGAACGCCGAGUGUUCAUGCCCGUUGGAACUCAAGGCACGA